GAAAACAAUCGGUUAUUUUUUUUGUUUGUUUAUAUCGCUCCGUUACGGGUAUAUAUUUUUUACUUUUGUGCCAGACGACGAGCGUCCAAGUGACCCGGAAACCGUGCGCAUACCGGAAGGAGCACCAGACGGAAAAUUAAAAGAGCAUCCAUCUUGCCGGAAAUCCUUCGCCAUGAUCAACCUCGUACAGGUCGCCCUGCUCGGCGUGGCAGCAACUCUGGUCGCCGGUGACCUGCCCCCAGGAAGCAACAGAUACUUGCCCCCCGACCCAACAACCAAGGGGUACAACUACAACAAGCCGCCGAUCCAGUUCCCGACGGUGACAAGACCCACCCCCUCGUUUCCGGUGACCAGUCGACCAACCACCGGCUUUCCGUCAGUGACCACAACCAGGCCCAGCAUCCCGAACUUCUCACCUGGGCCCAGGCCCACUCCGUUCCCUGGAAACCUGGUCAGGCCCACGCCGGGACUGCCUGAUUAUAAUGGACAGCCAUCCGGGCACAAUGGAAAUGCAUUGACGCCGAAUCAGGAGCACCACGACCACGGUGACCACCACCAUCACCAUCACGAGCCAGGAAUGCCGUUCGACUUCAACUACGCCGUGAAGGACGAUUCCUACGGUAACGACUACUCCCACAACGCGAUAAGCGACGGCGACGUCGUGCGUGGAGAAUAUCGCGUCCAGCUGCCCGACGGACGUCUGCAAAUAGUUCAAUACACGGCCGACUGGCAGCACGGUUUCAACGCUCAGGUCAGCUACGAAGGAACCCCGAGAUACGACGUCCCCCGGCCAACCGGUACCUUCAAGGGUUAUUAAUCGGGCCCAAUCCGGGCGUCCCAAGGAUGUCCUGACCGAUCUAACGAACAGCCGCAGCCGUCGUCCACUGGACAAGCCUUAAAAAUUGUAAAACGCGUCGUACUGGACGAAAAAACGGUUUUCCUAAUGAUUUUUUCAUUCUUCUCUCUGUUCGGGAAUUAUCGGGGCAUCCUGCUCAAAAGUAGGUUGAACCAAAUCGCUAGUUUCUAUUUCCGGUACGGGAAUCGAACGAUCCGAAAGUACGAUUAUUACACGUUUUGAUGUUCACAGCGAAAUGAUCGGUGCGACGAAUGAAACAGUUUGAAAAAUGUAUCAUUUUUUUAGUUUAAUUUGCUUUCCUUUUUUCAUUUAAUUCUUCAUUUAAUUUCUAAAUCGUCUGAACGAAAUUCCGUACGUAAUGUAACCUGUAAUGAAAUGUAUAAAUACAAGCACGUGGUGAGGUCAAUAAAUUUGAUACAACGAUUA